AUUCGAAGAGAACAAGCGAUAAUCUGGCGGCCUAAGUUUAAUGCCCGCGAAGGUCGCCCCAAGAAGGUACUUUACAUAAACAUAAACUUGUCCCCGCGUAUGCCACUCAGGCAGCUAGUACGGCUCAAAAGCAACGACCAUCAUGCUCCCCUCAAUUGUCCUCUUCGCAGGUCUUGUCAAUCUCGUGUCUAGUGCAGCCGUGAACGAUAUACGACCCCUAGUGAUAUGGCAUGGAAUGGGUGACACCUACGCUUCUCCUGGUAUGGACCGUUUUCAGAAUGAAGUCAAGGAAAUGCACCCCGGCAUAUUCAUUCACUCCAUCUUCAUCAACGAAGACCCAAAUUUAGACCAACGUGCAGGCUUUUAUGGCAAUGUGAAUCAACAAAUUAUGCAAGUUGCCCAGCAGCUUGCUGACAUACCCGAGCUAAGCCGCGGUUUCGACGCCAUAGGAUUCUCACAGGGAGGUCAAUUCCUUCGUGGCUACGUGGAACGCAAUAACAGCCCGCCGGUGCACAACUUGAUCACCUUUGGGUCACAGCACAUGGGUGUGUCAGGUUUGCCAGCCUGCAACGCGUGGGAUCUACUUUGUCAGGCCGCACGCCGAGCAGCAAAUAUGGGUGUGUAUAGCCAAUGGGCACAGGAGAAUCUUAUUCAGGCUCAAUAUUUCAGAGAUCCGCAACGGCUCUCGCAAUACAUGUCGUCGGGGAGCUUUUUACCGGACAUCAACAAUGAAGUCUUACACCCAUCUUCUCGCAAUCCAUCAUAUGCAGAUAACCUUGCCUCGCUGAAUAAGCUUGUCCUUGUCCUCUUUCUCCAAGACAACACCGUAGUCCCCAAGGAGAGUGCUUGGUUCGCCUCCGAGCAACCUCUUGAGGAUAUCGCUAUGGACCAACUAUCUGGAAUCGAUCAGACGCCAAUGCUCGGUGGAGUGAACACCAAAGACAUCAUCCCGAUGCGUCUACAAACCCUUUACAAAGAAGACUGGAUAGGCCUUCGACAGCUUGACGAAAGCGGCCGGGUUGAAUUUGUGGCAUGUCAGGGGGAGCAUAUGCAGAUCGGCGACUGCUGGAAAGAUUUGGUUGCUGAGUGGGCGGGGGGAUCUUUGCACGCGAAUUAAAAAAUCCUGGCACGAUGCGCCACAUUGACAUUGCACAGUCUGUACACUUCCACUGGGCGCUUGUUCGGUAAACCACUGUUGGGUAUGUGUUCUAUGUAAAUGCGUCACGAUGUGUCCAUAUGUUCAGUACUCAAAAUUAUCAAAAUUAUAUAUAUAUAUAAGUGUCACGUUGGUAUUUGAUUUUCCCGGAUAUGCCUAUCUCCAUUUGUGGUC